AUGACAACUAUGCCAAAAGAUCGUGCACCACGAACAACAACAACAACAGCAAAAACUACUUACAAAACUGCUUCAAUACUAAUUACAAAUCUACUUGAACAACUUGGUCAUGAUCUUACUUAUGAUCAAUUAUCAACAUCAUCAGCAUUACAAAAUAUUCUUCGUAUAAUUGAUUUACCAUCAAUAAUUCCAAUUAAUUUCGAUUAUCAUUCAGUUUAUAUGAAUGCUGUUCGAAUAUGGAGAAAUCAAUAUAAUUAUUCAUCACAAAUUAUUGCUAAUGUUGCAAUAAAUGAUAUAUUUGCUGUAUUACUUUUUCUAUUUUAUGCUUUCAUAACAAUGACAGAAAAUGAUGAAGAUAAAUCAAUAAAUAAUAAAAUUUAUCGUAUAACCGGCACUGAUCAUCGAUCAGCAUGUCGAAUAAAAGCUUUAUUUAUGAAAUGUUAUGUGGCACUUGCUCAAUAUCCAAAUAGUACAAAUCUUCUUGAUAAUAAUGAUAUAUCCCAAACACAAUUUAUAUCUUAUCAACAAUAUCCAGUUUAUGGUCAAUAG